AUGGGAGCCGGCUACCGAUCUCCUUUCCUUCAAGCAACCGAAGUGGACGGAGUUUGCCACGUUAACGAAACGGGCAAUCCUGUCACAAAUCAGCAGUUUGUUCGACCCACUAGGUCUCAUCGGGCCGACCAUUUCGAAGGCAAAGAUUUUGCUCCAAGGAUUAUGGAAACUCCAACUCGACUGGGACGCGGCAGUCCCACCAGUAUUUGUUACGCAAGGCUGGAAGUUCAGGGCUUCAUCGAUGCAUCAGAGGCUGCAUAUGGUGCCUGUCUGUACCUCCGUUCGAUAACAUCUGCUGGAUCCUGCACAGUUCGCCUCCUGAUGUCAAAAUCAAAGGUCGCUCCUAUAGAUACCAAAAGCAUUCCUCGACUCGAGUUGUGUGCUGCUCUGCUCCUGUCCAAACUUCUGGUUCAAGCCAUGGACAGCUUCGAUAUUUCCGCCACGAUAUAUUUGUGGACGGAUUCCACCAUUGUCUUAAAUUGGCUCUCCGCAACACCGUCUACGUGGAAGACGUUUGUGGCCAAUCGUAUAGCUGAGAUUCAGGAGCUCACCAUUCAUGCUGUCUGGAAUCACGUUCCGUCCAAGAACAGUGCAGCGGAUUUCAUCUCUCGGGGCAUGAAUCUCGACGAACUCGAAAGGAGUUCACUGUGGUGGCACGGACCGCAGUGGCUUGGCACGUUAGCUAUACCAUGGCCUGGUAAGUACUCUCCAACAAAAUCGUUACCGUCGGAUGAAUCAGAAGCUCGCAAGAUCGUCGUACUUCCAGUCGUUGAAGAUGAAACGACCAAUGAUUUAGUGUUCCGCUACUUCAGCCUUCGUCCGCUGCUUCGAAUAGGCUCUCUCAUACGAAGGUUUGCCGAGAAUUGUCGGCGUCGCAAGAAUCAUCAAGAUCCUCUUGUGGGGCCGCUCACCGCAACCGAAAUCGAUCAAACUCUACUCGCCUUAGUGCAUCGAGCUCAAGAGCAGCACUUUGAGAAGGAAAUCCGUCAACUUUUCACCACUUAUCAAGUAGAUCGCAAGUCCAAGCUCCGAUACCUUCAUCCACAGCUUGUGGACGACAUUAUUCGUGUCGGUGGUCGGUUGCACAACGCACAGAUCCCGAUCGAAGAGAAGUAUCCGAUCAUCCUCCCGGCCAAGCACCGACUGACCGAAAUGAUAGCGACCAAAGAGCACCAGAAGACGCUCCACGCUGGCCCUGGAUUGUUGCUUUCGUCCUUACGUCAACGAUUUUGGCCUCUUGGCGGUCGGAAUUUAGUUCGCCAGGUCAUCCACCGAUGCAUGACGUGCGCCCGAGCUAAACCGAAAUCUCUCGAACAGCUGAUGGGACAACUGCCUCCUGUUCGGGUCAACCAGGCGCACCCAUUCCAGAAUGUCGGCAUAGACCUGGCCGGCCCGAUCUACGUGCGCACAUCGCCGCUCAUCUCGAUCUCGUGUCUGACCUCACCAGCGAGGCAUUCAUUGCCAGCCUUCGAAAACUUCGUGGGGGCGAGGAGAGAGCUAGAAGAGCUACGGAAACUGUUCAUGUCCCAGCAGCACAAGGAGUCGGUAGCGCGAGAGUGUUCAGAAAAUGGAAUCCAAUUCCACUACAUCCCACCACGUUCGCCUUCGUUUGGUGGAAUCUGGGAAGCCUGCGUGCUAUCAGUCAAGACCCUGCUCCGCAAGAUUCUUGGCAAUGCACACCUCACUGAGCCUGAACUACAAACUGCUCUAGUGCAGGUGGAGGCAAUGCUCAACUCACGCUCUAUUACUCCACUAUCAGACGAUCCUUCCGACGAGUUCGCUCUCACUCCAGGACACUUCCUGAUCGGCAGACCACUGAACGCAAUGCCCAAUCCUGACCAGCAGGACAUUCCCGAGUCCCGCUUGACCCGGUGGAGACGAGAGUAUCUGGUUACACUGCAAAAUCGCUACCGGUGGAAUCAAGUUCUCGACAACCUCGCCAUCGGUUCCAUCGUCGCCCUCAAGGACGAGAAUGUUCCGCCACAAAAAUGGCCUCUCGGGCGCGUGAUCAGCAUCCACCCUGGUACCGACGGACGAGUGCGGGUCGCCACAGUAAAGAUCAGUUCAGGAACAACCAAGCGUGCCAUCUCAAAGCUGUGCCUACUUCCAGUCGAGAUUGAUCCUGCCAUCGUAACUGCGAAUGUGGUUCAAAACAUCAGUAAUUCUGCUAAAUCGUCGUUGGAAGAAGACCUUCGCUUGAUGAACCAAGCCGCUGGACCAGCUCCCGGCCCUUGCUCAGGGAACAGAGCCGCCGGACGAGUUCCCGGCCCCUACUCGGGGAAAUGA